ACCUCGUACGCAUCGACAUCGCGUCGCGCCCGCCGCUCUCCUCCCCUCGCCCUGCUUCAACUUCAAAACAGCACGAGCUUCCGCUCCCCCUCCUCCCCUCCCCUUCCCGGCCGAUGGAACCCGCCGCGGCGAUGUCGAGAUCCCCGUGCUCUAUCAUCUCGCCGGCCUCCCUAUCGACCGCCCCACUCCUCCCCGCACGCCUCGCCGUCCGGCCCCGCCGCCGCGCGCCUGCUUUCGUUGCGCCCUCCCCCUCAGGCAGGCCGCUCGUCGCGCGGCGCGCUGCGGCCGGAGACAAGGUCGAGGCCGAGACGCCCAUAGAGAAAAGAUUCCCUCCCUUCCCAACUGUCAUGGACAUCAACCAGAUCCGUGACAUCCUGCCACAUAGGUUUCCGUUUCUUCUGGUUGACAGAGUUAUUGAUUACAAACCAGGAGAAUAUGCUGUUGCAAUCAAGAAUGUGACAAUAAAUGAUAACUUCUUCCCGGGGCAUUUCCCUGAACGACCCAUAAUGCCUGGUGUUCUUAUGGUUGAGGCAAUGGCCCAGGUUGGAGGAAUAGUGAUGUUGCAGCCCGAAGUAGGUGGAUCUCGUGAGAACUUCUUUUUUGCGGGGAUGGAUAAAGUGAGGUUUCGGAAGCCUGUGAUUGCUGGAGACACCUUGAUCAUGAGAAUGACUCUGAUCAAGCUGCAGAAGAGAUUCGGAAUUGCAAAGAUGGAAGGGAAAGCUUACGUUGGUGCCGACCUAGUAUGCGAAGGAGAGUUCUUGAUGGCUACUGGAUCAGAGUGAAGGCUGGAGACACGUCAAUACUGGAUCAGAGUGAAGGAAGGAGACAAGUAUUGCAGUUUUUAGUGUGAAAUCGCCUUUCCAGCUUAAAUUUGAACUGUGUCUGUAAUAGCGAUUUGCCUUCUAGUCUUGGUCGAGUGCCUAAGAUCAAAAUUGGACAUGGUAAACAAAUUUUGUUAAGAAAAAAUAUUAUGAGUAACGGCUCUAAGGUUACAACAACUGUCGAUGGAACAAA